ACCAGCUGUAUUGCACGUCGAAUGUAGAGACGAACUUUAGAAUUGUUCAUACCGGCUGUAUUGUUUGUAUUACGUUAUAUUAUUAUUCUACAAAGAUCGCAUUUCAGUAAAAUGGCUCAAGCAUUAAAGAAAUUAUCUGUUCACGUGCUUAAGAACAAUAAUGUAGAAAACAUCAUCGGUGCCACAGCUAUUAGAACAAACAGCACAUGGUGGGACAAUGUCCAGAUGGGUCCACCAGAUGUGAUCCUUGGCAUCACAGAAGCAUACAAAAGGGAUACAGACCCCAAGAAGGUUAAUUUAGGAGUGGGAGCAUAUAGAGAUGAUGAAGGAAAACCUUUUGUAUUACCCUCAGUUAGAAAGGCAGAGGAAAUCGUUUUCAAGAAAUGCUUGAACCACGAAUAUGCCCCGAUCGGCGGUGAGGCCGCGUAUACAGAAGCUGUUGCUAAGCUAGCUUUCGGUGCGGACAGCCCAGUUCUUAAAGAAAAAUCUAACUGCACAGUGCAGACGCUCUCAGGAACCGGUGCCUUACGUCUUGGAUUUGAGUUCAUCACAAAACACUACGCCAAAAAUAAGGAGGUCUGGCUGCCCAGUCCGACAUGGGGAAACCAUCCUCAGAUCUGCAACACGCUCGGCUUGCCGCACAAGAAGUACCGCUAUUAUGAUCCGAAGACGCAUGGUUUUGAUUUGCAGGGCGCCCUCGAAGAUAUCUGUAACAUUCCAGAGGGAUCUAUAAUUCUUCUACACGCAUGUGCACACAACCCGACUGGUGUGGAUCCCAGACCCAACGACUGGAAACAGUUAUCCCAGGCAAUCAAAGAAAAGAAAUUAUACCCAUUUUUCGACAUGGCGUACCAGGGCUUCGCGACCGGCAGCGUAGACAAUGACGCAUUCGCUGUACGUCUUUUCGUCAAGGAGGGCCACCAGGUCACACUAGCUCAGAGCUUCGCUAAGAAUAUGGGUCUAUACGGAGAGAGAGCGGGUGCACUCACAUUCCUGUGCGGUGACGCGGAGUCGGCUGCCAAGGUGAUGUCGCAAGUCAAGAUUAUGAUUCGCACCAUGUACUCCAACCCGCCGCUGUUCGGAGCCCGCAUUGUGCAGGAGAUCCUCAAUAAUCCAGAGAUCGAAAAGCAGUGGCUGGUGGAUGUGAAACAUAUGGCGGACCGCAUUAUUUCUAUGAGGAAGCAGCUCCGCGCGGGCAUCGAGGGCGCCGGCAACAAGCGAUCUUGGCAACACGUCACCGACCAGAUCGGCAUGUUCUGCUACACCGGCCUCAAGCCGGAAGAGGUGGAAAGGCUAACUAAGGAAUUCCAUAUUUACCUGACCAAGGACGGGCGCAUCUCUGUUGCUGGUAUUUCUUCUAAGAACGUCAAUUACGUCGCCGAAUCUAUCCAUAAGGUCACCUCGUAAAAACAUAUCAAUUGGACGCCUCAUUGCCAUAAGAAUAAGUAUUGUCACGCUACAUGACGCGAGUAUGGAGCACAGUAUUUAUUUUGAAACUUUUUAUACAUAUGUUUGCAAAUAUCUACUUAAAUUGUUAUAAACUUUAAGGUUUGUGAAAAUGUGAUUUUCAUCAUGAGCAUGCUUUCAAAAAAUUAAAAUAUAUGCUGUUGAUUUUUAUGUUGA